GAAAAAAGAAUUGAAGAAAGAAUAGGAAAAUAAUUGAAAAAAGAAUAGAACAAGAAUUGUAGAAAGAAUAGGAAAGGAUUGAAGAAAGAAUUGAAAAGAAAUUUAGUAAAAAUUUUUUUUUGGUAAGAAACAAUGGAGGAGGAAUUAAGAUGUUCCGUUUGUAAGGAACUGUUCGGCGAUCCAGUUCUUUUGCCAUGUUGGCACGCGCUGUGUCUCAGUUGUGCUGUGAAUUUACAGGCGCCACCUGAUUCGCCACCGGAAUCGACAACCGAUUCAACGAAUGCGCCAGGCUCGGAUCAGGAAGCUGAUAAAUUGUCAAUCUUGUCGGAAACUGAUUCCGGUGUUGUUUGCAGUAGUACAUCUACAGGUUCAAGGCCCGGAAGUUAUGUGGGAACACCCGGAAACGGUGGUUUUCCACCCUCCGGCGGUACACUGUGCUUGUCAUGUCCGGUUUGCCAAAAGACGGUCUACUUUGACGAAGGUGGUGCACACAAUUUACCCAAAUACAGAGCAAUGCAACGUAUUAUUGAGAAAUAUUUGGAAUCGAAGAAUAUUAAACUACAGUGUCAGAUGUGCGAGAAUGAACCAAAGGAUGCGACUGUUGCGUGCGAACAAUGCGAGGUUUUGUAUUGUGACGCCUGUAGGGAGGCAUGCCAUCCAAAUAGGGGACCCUUAGCGGCACAUAAUUUGGGCCCACCGCGGGGCAGAUGGCAGUCAAACGGCGGAAAAAGUGUACGGGGAACUGGUCACGACAGUAACCUGAUUUGUGCCGAUCACAACGGAGAAUCUGUGAGCCUUUAUUGUGCUCAAUGCAAGAUUGCUGCCUGCUCACUUUGUCUACGCGAACGACAUAAACCUCAUGAGUCUGAUAUUCUUCCAUUGGCAGCCGCCUGCAAAGCUCAAAAGACGGAACUGUCACAAAAUCUGCAGCAGUUGUCGGAGCGCGCGCGUUCUACAACGGAGUUCAUUCAGAGGCUCAAAGGAAUGACAGAUAAAGUGCACGAAGAAUGUUGCGCAUUGGAAAAGGAAGUUGAAGAAAGGGUGAGCAACCUGGUGAGCAUGCUUCAGGCCCGGAAAUCAAGACUGAUUGAGGCAGCGAGGCAAACGAGGGAAGCCAGAGUGAGAGCAUUAAGGGAUCAGGUGACCCGGUGUGCCACCCAUCUGCAAACGACAACAGCCCUUCUCACCUUUUGCAUCGAGGCGCUGAAGGAAACUGACAGUGCUGCCUUCCUUCAAAUUGGCGGGAUGCUUUCCGUGAGAGCAGCCACAGCAGCCAGUACCUGGGGUGGCGCUGAGGGUGUUCAGGAAAUUGCUCGACUUCCUCUCCUCGACCUCACUCUCGAUGACAAACCUCUACUACGAGCCAUCGAUCAGCUUACAUUCGUUCAAAUGAAACCUUCCGAAGGAGAAGAUCGAUAUCCAACUGCAGCGCCAGGAGCACCACUUCUUGUACCAAAAGAAUGCAGUGCAGAAAACAACAGCGUUACAAUUGCUUGGCAACCACCACUUGGUUACGGACAACGAGGUCCUUCAAUCGAAGGAUAUCUUCUGGAAUUGGACGAUGGAUGUAGCGGGGAAUUUAGGGAAGUAUAUUGCGGACGGGAGACGAUCUGUACGGUAGAUGGAUUGCACUUUAAUUCACUGUACAAUGCACGGGUGCGAGCUUUCAACAGUGCUGGAGAAGGGGAAUACUCGCAGCUGAUAGGUUUACAGACCGCUGAGGUGGCUUGGUUUUCAUGGGCGACAGGAGACUCCACAAUGCCACAGGAAGUUUCUAUCUCCGAGGAUGCAAUGAGUGCUUCCUGCGAAGGAUACGAACAUCGAGUAGUCCUUUCAGGAACAGGAUUCUCUAGAGGAGUCCACUAUUGGGAACUUACAAUUGAUCGAAUUCAAAGUGACACAGACCCUGCUUUCGGAAUUGCUCGAUGUGACGUUUCUCGUGAUCAAAUGCUCGGCAAGGACGAUAAAGGCUACAGCAUGUACAUUGAUCGUUCGAGAUCCUGGUUCAUGCACGCUGGCAGGCACGCCCAAAGAACAGACGGAGGUGUUCAACAAGGUUCAACUGUUGGGGUUCUCCUAGAUCUAGACACAACCCACACCAUAAGAUUCUUUGUCAACGACCAACCUCAAGGAGGAGUUGCCUUUCGGGAUCUCUAUGGGGUAUUCUAUCCUGCAGUGAGCCUUAAUCGCGGUGUCACUGUCACUCUCCAUACAGCACUCGAUGUUCCUCGUCAUCUUCUUGACCUGCAUGAAGAGUACAUGAGCGACGUUAUUCAAAGCUAGGGGUACCUAUCUGUCCUGAAAAAGGGCCUUUUUCAAGAGAUUGGAUCUCCAUGCUCAUUCACCAUCGAUCGAAUUAAGGAUCUCAACGAUAUUCUCCAAUUGCAAACUCUUGAAAAAAUUGUCGAAGAAACUCCCAGCGAGACAAACUGCUGUGGCGCUGAAUUUUAAAGGUCAUUUUUCCCCCUAUUUUCAAGUAUUCUUUUCAUUUCCCCUAGAAAUAUAUAAUGGCUUUUAAAAUUUCCUUUCGAAAAAAAUAUUUGAAAAAGUAUAAGUACUUUUUCGUAUAAACUAAAAUUUAAUUUGACCAGAAAUUAAGCGAAAAUGAAUUAUCAAAUUGAUAUAUGCAUUUAAAUGAAUGCAAUUCCGAAAGACUGUACUUUCUCACGUUUAUACGUUGGAGCUUGAAUUUAUCCGAUUAUCCAUCGUACCUUUUCAUAUCAUAUCGUAUUAAUAAGUGUUAGCACUAACGUAAGUGCACAAGAAAAAAAACAAUAAAACAUUAAAUUAUUGUCGUGAAUAUUGAUGAAUGGAUAAAUUAAAAAUAAGAAUAAUGUGAAUGAGAGUAAAAAAAAAUAUAUCUAAUUAUUAAGUUCUAAUACUCGAUAAAGAUAACUUCAAGACAGUCGAGUGUAAAAUAAAUAAUAUACUGUUUCUAGUCUUUAUAGAUAUCUCGUCUUUCUACUUUCUCAUGUUUCUAUACACACCCAAUUCUUUGUUCUACAAUUGUUAUACGUUUUUUGCUACUCGUCGCCUUUUAGAUAUUUUGUGCGAAACGUUGUGAAUGCAAGAACGAACACGAUAUUAUGUGUUUUAAGAGGUCAUAUAUGUUCUAAAUUACAACAAGCAAUAAUGUAGGGUUUCCUUGAUAAGCCGAUUUAGACGGUAAAAUCGAAUACUCGACGCUAAGGUGAGAAUCACAUUGUAUAUAUUUGUAUAUAAAAUACUGCCGAUUAAAUUUGCCAAGUGUAUUAUUAAUAUUAUUAUCAUUGUACUCAAACUAAUAAAAUUGCAUCAAAUGAAA